GUGAAUCAUCCCCAUAAUGUAGGGAAACCUUAGAGAGAAGAACCGGAAGGAUGUAUUGGUUGUUAGGAAAAUGUAGGCUACCAGGAGAAAAUGACAUCCUCUGUUAAUAAGAUCUGAGGUGCGACUCACAUAAUUGUCCCAAUUUUUAAGACUGAUGGGGAGCAUGAAGCAUUUAUUUAAAGUGUUGACAGGUCCCAAUAAACUGCAUAGGACUCAUGUGGUCUGAAUGUAUUUUAGGGCUUUCUGGGAAUUGUCUUGACAGAGAACCUGAGCUGGACAAAGCAGCCUUGAUCUGAGUAAGCCAACUGGCACAAUGAAGCUGUCAGGUAUCUUUCUGCUCCUCUCUCUGGCUCUUUUCUGCUUUUUAUCAGGUGUCUUCAGUCAGGGAGGACAGGUUGACUGUGGUGAGUUUCAGGACCCCAAGGUCUACUGCACUCGGGAAUCUAACCCACACUGUGGCUCUGAUGGCCAGACAUAUGGCAAUAAAUGUGCCUUCUGUAAGGCCAUGGUGAAAAGUGGUGGGAAGAUUAGCCUAAAGCAUCCCGGAAAAUGCUGAGUGAAAGCCAGUGUUUCUUGGUGACUUGCCAGCUCUUGCAGCCUUCUUUUCUCACUUCUGCUUAUACUUUUGCUAGUGGAUUCUUUCAACUCAUAAAGACAUACCUACUCUGCCUGGGUCUUGAGGAGCUGAACCUAUGUCUAUUUCUCUUGAUUCACUUGUCAAUAAAGUACAUUCUGCAAAAGCA